CAAAAAGCUGACUCCAGGUAUUCCAAAUUACUUCACAGUGGCUAGUACAAUCUCUUUUCUUUUUAAGUUUGCACACCUUCCUUUGUUUUCCACCAAUAUUUUUGACUGCAGGUGAUGCUGCUUGCAGCAUCUUCGAUCUCGAUGUCAUGGAUGAGAAUAAAGAUCGUGCUCUGACAUGGUUACGAAAAACUGGCCUAGCACCAGCGACAUUAGUCAACGGCGAUCCUCUAGUUGCUGUCGCUAUUUCAACGGCAAAGAUUAUUAAGGAACCGUGGCGGUUUCAACGAUUGCCAACUGUCUCAACAACCAAAAGUGCUGUCGAAAAUGAAGAGCAUUUUGAAAGCAUCAGCAGCGAAUCAUACGGUCCAUCUAUUCCUCCAUCCCGUACGGCCAUAUUGCAGCUAACAAAGCAAAUCAUGCCCAAGCAACCGACAUCUGGCGUGACAGAUACCAUGUUUUUAUCCAAACAAGAAGUAUACAAAAUUGUUCAACAAUAUAUGCAAAACGACACUUUGAAAAAGGAAGACUUGGCAGAAUGGAUGAGCAAGGAUGGAUUUUGGGGUCCUGCGAAACGCAAGCAAACAAAAAGAGUUCGAAAGCACGGUCGUCAUUACAACGUAGUCAAGCUCAAAUACCGUGAUUUUACUUGGACUGAUAUCAGCAACAUCCAUUAAUUCCGUGCAAAGGUUAAAGCCACACAUUCAACCAUCUACACGAUCGGGUACGCAAGAAAAAGUCGAACGCUGGAACCGUUGUCCGCAAAAAAAAAAAUCAGUCGGCCUUCAGAUCUACAAACUGAAAACAAAGCUUCUAUGCGAAAAUGUGUUUGUAUCGAUUAGCACGUCUGCAUUUGAUCCUAUAGCUUCGCGUGACUAUGAUCGUCCAGGGUUAGAGCUCGAUGGUUAUAGUGGUAGCACGCAAGCCAUGAUAGAAGAGAUCACAAAGUCACAACGCAAAGUCAGGCUUGUGACGAUCGAUUACCGCGGCUUGACCACCAAUAUUGAUGAUCUGCACCAUUUCCUUCGGGUUAACAAAAACAUAGUUGAACUCGUAGUUGACAUUGUACAUACUGUAAACGUUUACAGCAGACACGACAUAUUGCACAGCGACAAAGUUAUCCGAAUGUUCAGUGGUCAGAAAGCAUUCGUUCGCAGAUCACAAACAUAAUGACGAUAUCAAAUAAAAUUUAUUUUCUUUCUAAAUCGCUG